AUGGAAGCACUCAGUGAUGUUGACACACAGGACAAGGAAGAUGCGAGUGAUGACAAAGACAGCUUAGCAGGCUACAGAAUCUGGCCGGCAGGAUCUGCAAUCAGGGCAUGUGCCUCCUCCCAGACACUCCAGCUCAUGGUGUUGAGACCGAACGUCAAGACAAAGGUUGACAUGAUUGGGGAUCCUCUCCACAAGCUGCUGCGUGACCCGUACAUCCUCGUUGCUGCAGGAACCAUCUGCUUUGCCAACAUGUCCAUCGCAAUGCUGGAGCCCUCCCUGCCGAUCUGGAUGAUGGACACCAUGGACGUGGGCCAAUGGCAGCUCGGUGUAGCGUUCCUACCCGCCAGCAUCUCCUAUCUGAUUGGGACUGCCUUAUUUGGUAACCUGGCACACAGGAUGGGAAGAUGGCUGUGUGCCUUGUUGGGGAUGCUGCUGGUCGGGAUCUUUUCCUUUGUGGUAGGUACUGCUAGAUAUAACGCUAGUUCACCUAUAUCUACGGGAUGUUUAGGUUUUUCGAGUCGACGGGUGGUACAAUAUUUUGAAAUUUACUUCGAUAUUUUGAAAACAUUGCAAUCUGGUGACCUUCUUUAA